AAAGCCUCUAGUAUGGAGGGAGCCGAGCGCCCUAAUACACACACUCGCAUCCACCACGCUUGCCGAAGGAAGACCCGGUGGUGGUCCCUCCGCCGACUGCACGCACAGCACACACGCUGCACGAAUAACAGCAGCGCUGGCUGACGCCCUUUCCCGCCUUCGGACUCCACGGCGGCUCAGCUGACCUUCUCAGGAUUUUUAUCUCUGCCACGAACCGAGUCCUGCGACCUAGCGCGGUAAAUCUUCGUGACAAAGCUGACCUAGAUCCCCGUCGGGUUAUAUCCUUCUCGUAUGCCCUGUGUGUCGUUAACUGACUGCGAAAUCGUUCGGUAGUGAUCCUCAUACCACUGACCUGAGAGAGAGAGAGAGCGAGAGAGAGAGAGAGAGAAAGAGAGCCUGGAUCGAGUCUUGGCAGACAGAAAGAAAUGUCAUAAACGUCAGUGUCAAACGGUUAGUGCUACGCCCAUAGUAACAGCUGGAAAUAAGCGCUGCCAGUGAUUGAUAAGAGAAGAUUUAUUUACAUGUGAAAGAGAAAAUUCCUGUGCAAUUCGGAAAAAGAAACAGUCAAAAUGAUCACUCGAAUGAGUGACUGGGAGUGAGCAGGAGAAUCACCACAACUUUGGACGGAAGAAACGAGACAUAAUGGAUAGAUAUAGAAUGGGCGUGGUAACGUGGGCGCUGUGGCUGCUCUGCUUGACAGCUACGAGUGCCGUAGAUCUCCACUUCCAGAAUCCAGACAGUGGAUUCUUCCUUCGUCCAGAGGAGCCACUGGGAUUCAACCCAGAAGUCAGCGUUGAUGGAGGUGUGCUUGACGUCGAGCGUUUCACAGUCCUAGACCCAACCCGCCCAGCCUUGAUCAGAGCCACAUAUGGGCCCUUUAGCACGAAGCAAACUGUGCCCGCCCGGUAUGUCCUACCCGAGUUUCCAGAUGACGAAAUCUCAAACACUACGGAGAGUGACAUGGCCGCGGGCAAGCACUUGCCUCCUGUCCCACAUCAACUGGAGGUCUCGGCUCACUUGGUCAACACGGAGGUCACUAGAGCACAUCCUUCGCUACGUGUCUUGGUUCACGGAGCCGGUGCCAGAGGGCACCAUUCACCUCAUGUCUGCGUUACUGUCAUUGCCAGGCUGCGCUCUGAUGCCCUUUCUGCUUCCUGCACACCCACAGGGGCAGGCGAAACUGGCGGCGAUGCCACCUGCUUGGUAACUAUGGCGGUCCCUGCCCGUUGGUGGCCCCUGCACACCCGGGCCACUGUCAAGCUGCCGCGAGUGGCCGUGCAAGUCUCUUACUUGGUGGGAACAGCCCCAGGACCCAAGGAAUGCGCUUCUAGAGACAAUGGGGGACCAAGCCUGGGUGGACCGAGAGUGACAGUCCAGCCAGAGACCCCAGUGGGUGAAGUCGUCUUGACUCUAGAUCCUUUCGGCUACGACGAAUUAUCCUCCGACCCCCUGGUGCAUGUUCUCGUGCCCCGAGCUCCGCUGCAUCCGGGCACAACGAUACACGCGCCUCUUUAUCUCCAUCCCCCGGGGAACUUGCCGGCCCUCGUGCUUGUGAUAAGGUGCAAAGUGCGAGGUGGAAUUAGGGUCAGUGGAGUGGAGGCCGCCUCCACGGCCUGGAACUUGACAGAUGACGUCAACUCCCGGCGCACUUUGGCCUCUGUAACGGCUCUCCUAACCGACCCACCUAAUAACGACACCCUUCAUAAUCUUGGGUUGCACGAAGUCCUGUCCUGGGUCCUGGAAGUCCCCGAGGACGCUCACGCAGGGGAGGCUAGGAUUACUUGGUCUCUCCGGUACAUCAUGGACGCUCACCACAGAGAAACUUUUUCUAAUACUGACGCGCGAAGGAUGUCAACGCGUUUACUGAUCCUCAAGGACGACAUUCAAGCUGUUCUCCCCAUUGCUAAGAGUUGGUGGGUGGUCAACACGGCCGUUCUAACCGGACGGCAGGUUUCACGAGCAAUGAAAGUGCUCAUCGUAUCCCAAGCCGGAAAGGUGGCAGACGUUACUCUUCAGUCUUCCUGCAACUGCACAGAUGAGGCUGCACUCAAGGUCUCCACGUCCUGCACAUCGGUCUACCUGGACGGAUCAGAAGUGCGGGGGAGCCACAACGCCACAGUCAUCGCCAGGUACGGGGAGAGAGCAGGUGCUGCAUCUUUCACGGUCUGGAUGCCCGAAUUGCCCCUCACGGUCCACGUGGGAGAUGCCAAGUUAUCGCAGGUGAGAAGUUGGAGAGUGCCAGAUCCCACAACGCCUUCAUCUUACAGUAUGAAAAUAGGAACCAUCAACAGCGAUCAGUUACGAGAUAUCAACAGAAAUGACGACGGAUCCCCAGCGUUGUGCUCUGUCAGAUACCAGCAAGCCCAAGUGCAGGUUUACGGUCGGUUUGUGGCUGUGGACGACAACAGUGGGCGACAAUCUUACCUGCUGUCACGUCGCGCCCAGGUGCGCGUGACGGAACUGGUGGCUCACUUGCUAAGAGUUGCCGAUACAUCUGUGGCAAUGUUGGAUCAUUCGACGCUUAUGGGUCGAGCCACCGGACGCACCGAAAUUCAGGUGUUGUCUCCGAUCACUGGCCGAGUGAUCGGUGCCCGGGAGGUGCGGGUAGUCUCCGACAGGGUAUGGGUGACCAAGUUGAGGGCAGCUGUCAUAUCAGGCCUGACCUUAUCGCUUCAACCCGAUUCCCAUCUUCCCGAUGGCUACUCGGCUAUCACUGCAGUCACACCAACACUGACGGCUAAAUACCAGGAGGGUCUGGUAGACGUGUGGGUGGAAAUGAGUGACGGAGUCAUCAUGCCCUUGAGGGAAGUCCCGUCGAAUCACUACACUCUGACGGUCAGGUCUCUUGACCCAGGGGUCGUGGCAGUAGCUCCUUCGCCUCGCACAGCACAACCGAGGGUAAUCGCUAUCGGUCAUGGAGAAGGAGAAUUACUGGAGGUCAGCCUUGAAGUUGUAAAUGAAUGCGAACGUCGAAGGGCUUCGCUCGCCAGCACGAAGGUUGUUGUGAAGGUCGAUCUUGGUGCUACUCCGCCUCCCCCUGUGAGCGAAAUGGCGCCAAAUGGUGUCGGACCACAAGAUCCAUCCCACAAUAAACUGAAGGUUCAUGUAUCUGACCUGCCACACGCUGAUGCUGCAGCUCCUCAUAACCACCAGAUGUUGAUGGCUGAACAGCCUCAGCAUCCAACGGUGCAAAUGCACCAUCAUCCCCCACGGCACAGCAGCCUCACGCCACUGGAAGUUGGAAUGUACGUGUUGUUAGCAGUUUUCGGUGCCGCCAUCGUUGUAUUCGCAGCCUCUUGCGUCGUGUACACAUGGCGAGUGCGAGGUGGCAAACCCAUGAUGUCUCAGCAGCACCACGGCAGAAGGACUUCUCUUCAUAACCACGAUUCCGUUACAAAUGCCCACGACUGGGUGUGGUUAGGAAGGGCCACGCUGGAGCGAGCCUCUGGAAUGGGACUUUCCCCGCCGUCACAAUCGGCAUCAGUGGGAAUGGUCCCUCUCAGUGACCUCAAUGGAAACAGCCAGCAACAGCAGCAGCAUAACACAUGGCUGGUUAACCAACGCCUGUUACGACCGUACGAGCGGAACUCGGCUCCAGUCAACAUCAUUCCCAAUCCCGCAGCAGAAGAAAGCGAAGUGACCCAGUCUUCAUGUCUGACAAAUUCGUCAACUUUCACCAGACCAUCAAAGAACAGCAGACGGGUCACUUUUAACAACCUCAGCGACGACCCAACAGCUUCCAGCAGCGAGGAUGACAAGCCACCUGUUCCUCCUCACCGUAACAUUGGUGUCAACGCGAGCAUCACAGGUCACGACCCUCACUCAGACGACAGCAACCCACCUCCCAUUCCUCCUCAUGGAGUCAAUGUUAUUGCAAACCCUCUGGAAUCUGAGUACCCCCAAAAACCAGGCCCAACCGAUCACGGCGCAGUUCCUCAUAGCCAUCACCACCCAUACAACAACCAGCAACUUCUCCACACAAGCCAUAUACAGCAGCAGCCACAGAGUCCUCCAGAGGGCAAAGAUGGCGUGGAUCCCAAGUUUAUUGAAGUCAACGCAGAUGAUUUCGUCAGACUACGAGGCGUCUGCAGAGGGAGAGCAUCCCAGGUGCGCCGCGCUACCAUCCUGGAAAAUCCACUGCUCUCCUCGGCCCUCCCCGAUAACUUCAGCGUUACUGAUCAUCUGGACAACCUUCCACCAUCCAUGGAUUAUGAUCAACUUAUGGAGUACUUCUCAAACUUAAAAGAGUCUAAUGCCUGAGCCUAAGCUCCAAGCCCUACUUCAAGAGGGCUUACAGUGGAAAAAGAAAAAUUGUAGCAAAUGUUAGUGUCACUGUGAUUUUGAUCCUUCGUCUCUGAUUCGCAAGUGGCCGGGUUUCCCGCCGCCUACAAACUACAAGACAGGGCUUAUGAAAAAAUAAAAAAAUAUCGGUAGGAAGUCACAGUACCUAAUGCCUGUAAAAGAACUAUGAAAUAAUAUAACUAUAUGCGAUGUUCAUUGCUUGACUUGUGAGCGCUCUUAGCAUAUUAUACAUUAUAAUGUCCAAAUAUAUUAGUCGUAUUGAAGGAACAUGUGGUUAUUGUACGUAACAUAAAAGAAUUGCGACAUGAGUAUAAUAUGAUGUAUAUCUUUGUUCACGUGUUCAUUAUAGUAUAGAAUUUUAUGUAUGCUGUGUGUUCAUUGUGUUGAGCGUGUAUGUAACAUUGGUGCACUGUGCUGGUUGCAGGUGUGUAGUAAAUGUUUUA